CGUCUUUGCCAAACAAGGUUUCAGACUCCUAAUUUCUCGACAUUCCUCUCCUUUUUUCUUUUUCUAAUACAACACCGACCCCGAAUCACCAACUUACUCGACAUUUAACAGGUUUCGUUAUGGAGAUGUAUCCGAGCAGCAACGAUUCCGAUUUGGCAGUGUUGGACUCAAUUCGCCGACACUUACUCGGAGACUCAUCAGACUUCCGACUCGAUGCUACCAUUGAUUGUACCACUACCACUACCACCGCUCUCCCCAUGGUUUGCAGGACCUCAAGCUUCAACCGCUUGUACCCAUGCUUGACUGAAACCUGGGGUGCCCUCCCUCUUAAAGAAAACGAUUCUGAAGACAUGCUCGUUUUCGGGUUCCUCCGAGAUGCUUUAACCGUGGGAUGGGCACCCUCCGAUAACUCUUCUAUGAAUUUACCUCCAAUAAAACCGGAGCCGCAAGAGAUUUUAUUUGAGGGACCGGUGAGGAAAGUAGAUAGGGCUGUGAACACGGUUGUUCCGGCGGCGGUUCCCGCCAAAGCGGGGCAUUACAGAGGAGUUAGGCAAAGGCCGUGGGGGAAGUUCGCAGCUGAGAUAAGGGACCCGGCUAAAAAUGGGGCUCGGGUUUGGUUAGGUACUUUUGAAACAGCUGAGGAUGCGGCUUUGGCUUAUGAUAAAGCAGCUUAUAGGAUGCGUGGGUCAAGGGCUUUGUUGAAUUUUCCACUAAGGGUGAACUCCGGGGAGCCUGAUCCAGUGAGGGUAACAUCAAAGAGGGCAUCACCUGAGCCGUCUAAUUCUUCAUCCUUCGGCGCAGAGAACGGGUCGCCGAAAAGGAGGAGAAAGGUGGCUCCCUCGGCUCCGGUUGUGGCCCAAGCGGGGUUAGAUACGGGUUCAAGAGCGGAUAUUAAGUACGAAGUUCGAUCGUGUAGACAUGACAAUCAACGAUUACUCAGUUAAUGCAGACAUGGUAGUUGAUUAAUGUAAAGUGUAAAAACAGCAGUAGGUUCCGGGCAUUUCCCAAUUUCGGAAGAAUAAAAAAAAUGAGGGUUUUAGUUAUUCUUCAGAAUUGAGGGUUGUUUAUUUGUUUUUGGUUUCUUCUAUAAAAAUGGUGUCAACAUUGCUGUUAGACGAAGCCCAUUUCAAUGGAAAAUGUCGAGAUUCCCUUCA